AUGCACUCUCAUCACUCUCACAGCGGCGACUACUGCCUUCACGCGAAGGGACACCUCGAGGAUGUCGUUAAAGAGGCUAUCCGACAAGGCUUCAAGCUCUUCUGCAUGACGGAGCACAUGCCUAGAGACCAGAAAAUGGAUCUCUACCCCGAAGAAGUAGGUUCCCACCUCACUCCCCAAGAUCUCGAGGAUACGUUCGCGAAAUACUACCCCCACGCAAAGGCUCUCCAGAAAAAGUACGCCGACCAAAUCGAAAUCCUCGUCGGUUUCGAAAUCGACUACAUCCGUCCCUCCUCUCUCGCGCUCAUUCAACGUAUCCGCGAACAAUACCCGCCCGAGAUCAUCAUGGGCUCCGUCCACCACGCCUUCGAGAUCCCCAUCGACUUUUCCCAGGAACUCUGGAACAAGUGUUUAGAGAAAGCCGGGGGAUCGGAGGAGAAGUUGUUUGAGAGGUAUUUCGAUGAUCAGUAUGAGAUGCUCAAAGGCGUUAAACCAACCGUCGUCGGACACUUCGAUCUCAUCCGCCUAUUCGCUCCAGACACGGCUGUACCCUUCGCGCAAUACCCAACCGUCUGGUCCAAAAUCGAGCGCAAUAUCGACUUGAUCGUCGAAUUGGACGCCAUGGUCGAAUUCAACUCUGCCGCGUUCCGAAAGGGGUGGGAUGAAGCGUACCCACGACAAGACGUCUGCGAACUCAUGAUCGCCAAGGGCGUCAAGUUUUGUUUGUCGGAUGAUAGUCAUGGGCCGCAUCACGUUGGGCUGAAUUAUUGGAGGACGAGGGAGUAUGUAAGGGAGUUGGGGUUGGAGAAGAUUUGUUAUUUGGGGAAAGAUGGGGAGGGUAAGGUUGAGGUGCGGGAGAUGGCUGUUGAGGAGGUGUGGCAGGAUCCGUUUUGGGCUUUGAAUGCUGAGGAGAAGAGGACGGCAUAG